AUGAAAUAUGUACGUAAGAGCCUUGUCCAUGCGAUUUAUUUGCUUUCUAUUAUGCAGCUGGCCUACCGGUGGUUGGUGGCUGAGGACCACUUGUUUUUCUUUCAACUUUCGUUCUGAACAUCACUGAUCUCUACCUUCGUAGUUUGGAUUUCUUCAUUGCGAAGAUGCAAACUACCAGCUAUCAAAAAGUGCCUUUCGGCAUGUACGUGAACCUUACUCUCGACUGAUGAAGCAAUUAUUUCCUCGAAGAGAAGUCGCGGAUCUCCUUGUUCAGAUCUUCUUUCGUGGUGUUAAUUGGAUGUAUGAAAUUAUUCACUCUGCAACUUUUCUAGAUCAGUACCACGACUGGUGGAAUAACUUUCCUGGAACAGCAAUCGAGGAUAUGAGUUUCGCAAUUCUUCUUCUGUGUAUCUGCUCCUAUACAACGCAGUUUCUACCCUCUCCGUAAGUUCUCUCCACUUCUGGGAUUUUACCACAGCUCACAUAAUAAAAGUAAUUAUACUGCAGCAACCGUCGGUGGUGAGCGGCUAAGUACUCUUAGUGAGAAGUGUCAUGGUAUUGCAACGAAAUUGACUAAUUUGCACAAAUCUUCCGGGGCUCAGCCGACUCGAAUAGACGUGUUGCAGUACUUUUUUGCCACUUGUUUCACUAAGAAUGAGGGUCGAGUUAAGGACGCUUGGGACCACCUUGGUGAGGCUAUUCAUAUUGCCAUGAACCUAGGUAUGCACGAGGAAACACGAGAUUCAAGCGAUCCGCUUGUUGGUGGGUUUGAAAUUGACAUGCGACGGCGAACCUUUUGGAACUUAUAUAUAUGGGAUAGGUAAGCUUCUUUCUUUAUUCAUGUGUAAUUUCAAGUUCUUUUAGUCAUUUAUUGGGGAGGUUAAGUCAAGCAAGGAUGUUCAGACUCGUUUCUUACAAUAUGCUCUAGAUUCAUGGCAGUUAUACUGGAUCGAUGGUCUCGUCUACCAGAGGAGCGUUGUACAGUAGCAUACCCCUAUAUGCAAAUGCAACCUUCUAGCGAUUCCUCCAGCACUGGGGUGCCAGAUUCCUACAUCGAGCGUUUAGUACAAGCUAAGCUGGCGCGUUGCUGUUCAUCACAUUACAGACCUUCGUGUGGCAAACCCGCUCGUUACGAUAUGCAUCUCAUUGAACAACAGCACGCAUUUCUCACGAAGGAACUUGCGAAGCUACCCUCAGUUUUUGCCAUCGACAAUCCGGACACUCAGUGGACAAAUUUGUCCCUAAUAUGGUUAAGCGACGUCAGAUACUGUACAUAGCUGUUCAGGCUAUUCUCUCAACUCAUCAUCGUCCAGUACUUCGAUUCCCUCGCUCAAAGAUACAAAGUCUCUCCCCAAAAGAACGUCAGAUAACAUACCACCAUCGCGUCCGCUUUGUCAAACAUACAUUGGCUCUACUUGAAGACCUUUCACGACUUCAUACUUUGAUUGGUGGUAAUCAGACUCGUCUUUUCAUCCUGGCGUUUUAUACCUUCGAGGCUGCAAUGGGACUUGGAAUGCAUCUCAUAUCACUUGCAACAGUCCAGGAUCUGUAUAUUUUUCAACUUGCGCCUGAAGAUUUGAUCAGAGAGGGACCAUGGAAGAGAGAGACCUGUAUGCGAGAGAUGCUUACAGCCCUCCAAAGAUUGCAGGUUUUGAGUGAGGUCAGUGUCAUCGCACGAAUUGGAGCCCGGGAAGUUUCUCAGCUGGUUCUUCGAAUCAAGCCAUUAUUUUCCGAUUCCCAACCAAUUUGGGGCAUGAUUCCCGCCGCGUCUGAACGACUAAGAGAUUAUGGCAGAAUAAACAUGCAAUCAGUAAGCAACGCGUCAUCCGGGCCUUCAUCGAACGCAAGUUUGCUGUCUGAAACCGAUGCCGUGGGCUUCGGGGGAAUGCAAGGAACUGGGUCUUUUACUUCUCCCAAUUCGGCUGCUCAGACAUUCCCGACUCCGAACAACGAGUUAGUGUAUGAGAGCAACGGAUUUGAUUUCGCCUUUCCGUACACUGCUAAUGCUGACUGGCCGAUGUCGUUGCUGCCGCUGAACUACUCUUGGCAGCCCCAGCAGGAUGAGAUAGACUUGGAACUUUUAUUUUCUGCUUCGACUUCGUCGACACAGCUGUACUCCAGAUAUCCAUAA